UUGUUAAAUUGUAGCCAGAAUUAUCAGAAAUAUAGAAAUUUUUAAUCUAAACAAGAAGAUCAAAUUAUAUGUAGCAAUGCAUGUCAUAGAAAAGCACAACGAUUACGAUGUUCUUUACAUUCUUCUUCGCCUAGCACUUUGCAUCUACUACGAAACGAAUCGAAGGAUAGAGAACUUAAAUAAGUAUUUCGUGGCAACUGGAAACAUUUAUCGUGAUUAUGAAUUUGACUUCGGUGAUGAGACAUUCGUUAAAAAGGCCAAAUUAAAGACAUUGACGCUCCUUAUAGUUCUGUGGACUACAAAGAAAAUCAAACUAAUGACAUUGGAAAUCUUGGAAAUCGAAAGGCCAUUUGUAUUGUCAUUUUGUUUCAGGAUUUGGAAGAACCACUGAAGGAUAAUGCAGUUUUUUUCUGCAAUCAGUAUCAUUGCCCUAUGUUCCUCGUGAUCAAUGCAAAUCUUCAAAAAACCGUGUUGAAGCUACAAAGUUUAUAGCGAUGGAUAAAUUUUGUGCUAGCUAAACGAAUGGCUUCUAACGAAUCAAAAUUAAUA